CAUCUCUCUCAUUUAACUCUUAUUAUAUUGUUGUAGUGAUAUUAAUAGCCUUUUUUUGUUGCUAUCUACAUUUUGUUACUGAUUUUGCAGCCACCACCUGAAAAAGGAACAGCAAUGGCGUAUGACAGGCUCCGACCAUCUGAACCCGGCAGCUCUGGAGUUACUCAGCAACAAAAUCAUGAAGAACCCAAAGCCAAAAACAACAAGAGAAAGAUCGUUAUUCUUUCGGUUAUUGCAUUGACGAUGAUCGUUGCCUCGGCUGUUUGUGCCGGACUCGUGAUUGGUCUCCGUGAAGCCGGUGCUGAUCCUGUCGGUACCCAAGUCCGACGUAAGCCGACACAAGCUAUUUCUAAAACUUGUAGUAGGACUCGGUUCCCGAACCUCUGUGUCAACUCACUCCUCGAGUUCCCUGGCUCGCUCACUGCUAAUGAGCAAGACCUGGUUCACAUUUCAUUCAAUAUGACGCUGCAGCACUUUAGUAAAGCGCUUUAUCUGGCCAACUCGAUCUCAUUCGUCCAGAUGGAUCCACGUGUACGGUCGGCGUACGACGAUUGCCUCGAGCUUCUGGAUGAUUCCGUCGACGCGCUCUCCCGUUCCCUGUCGUCCAUCAUUCCCUCCCAGGACGGCGGAAACAAUGGCGGAGGAUCACCCCAGGACGUGAUGACGUGGCUCAGCGCCGCGCUGACGAACCAUGACACGUGUACGGAGGGAUUCGAUGGAGUGAGCGGGACGGUGAAGGAUCAAGUGACUGACAAACUGAAGGACUUGUCGGAGCUGGUAAGUAACUGCCUGUCGAUCUUCGCUGCGAGCGGCGGAGACGAUUUCGCCGGAGUUCCUAUUCAGAACCGGAGGCUGCUAUCGGCGGAUGACGAUUUAUCGGGAGGGAAUGUCGACGAGGAGAAUUUCCCGAAAUGGCUGGGGAGAAAAGAGAGGGAGCUGCUGAACAAGCCCGUGUCGGGGAUCCAGGCCGAUAUAACCGUCUCGAAAGAUGGAAGCGGCACCGUUAAAACGAUUGCUGAGGCGAUUAAAAAGGCGCCGGAGCAUAGUACUCGUCGGAUCAUCAUCUACGUGAAGGCAGGAAGGUACGAAGAGGAUAAUUUGAAGGUGGGGAGGAAGAAAAUAAACUUGAUGUUUAUAGGUGACGGAAAAGGUAAAACAGUGAUUACAGGAGGAAAAAGUGUAGCUGAGCACAUGACUACUUUCCACACUGCUGCCUUUGCGGCAACUGGGGCUGGUUUUAUUGCAAGGGACAUGACAUUCGAGAACUAUGCCGGACCCGCCAAGCACCAAGCAGUGGCUCUUAGAGUCGGAGCUGACCACGCCGUCGUAUACAGGUGCAACAUCAUCGGUUACCAAGACACUUUAUACGUCCACUCCAACCGUCAAUUCUACCGCGAAUGCGAUGUUUACGGAACAGUUGAUUUCAUUUUCGGUAACGCCGCCGUAGUACUCCAAAACUGUAGCCUUUACGCCCGGAAACCCAUGCCCCAACAAAAAAACACCAUCACAGCCCAAAACCGAAAAGACCCGAACCAAAACACCGGUAUUUCAAUCCAUGCAUGUCGAAUCAUACCCACACAGGACCUCGCCGCCGCCAAAUCAAGCUUCCCAACAUACCUAGGCCGUCCGUGGAAGCUAUAUUCAAGGACCGUAUACAUGUUAUCAUACAUGGGCAACCACGUUCACUCAAGGGGAUGGUUAGAAUGGAGUGGAACAUUCGCUUUAGAUACAUUAUACUACGGCGAAUACAUGAAUUCCGGCCCGGGUGCGGCGGUCGGACAACGAGUAAGAUGGCCUGGGUAUCGAGUCAUCACUUCAGAAGUUGAAGCAAGUAAAUUCACCGUUGCAAAAUUCAUCUAUGGAACUUCAUGGUUACCAUCAACCGGAGUUGCUUUCUUUUCUGGCCUACAAGUUUAAUUUUUUUUUUUACGUCCUAAUUUUUUUUUACCCAUGAUAUUGUAAUAAAGGUCGUUAUUAUCGUUAAAAAUUUAACUCCCGACAUGUUCUAGAAGGUUAGAACUAGAAUAUAGAAUAUAAAAAAUUGUGUAUUGUAUUUUCGUAUUUUUUUUUAAAUGUGAGCAAUAUAAACACAUAAAAUUACAAGUGUUAA